AAGCAAUGAUCUCGAUUUGACAUGCCAAGCUGGACCUUCAGAAGUUUUAGUUAUUGCUUGACAACAUGCCCAGUCCCUGUUCAUAUAGCUGCAGAUUUACUAUCCCAGGCUGAGCAUGGUCCUGAUAGCCAGGUUGUCCUUGUAAUUGUUGGGGAUGGUGUGGAUCUGAAAGCUAUUGAAGAGGAAAUCAGCAAGCAAUGUCAGAGUCUACCAAGGGGAGAAUACGCAUCAAAAGCCCUGAGCCAUAGUUUCACCGUCUUUGCUCGUGACAUGGUUGAGGCAAUUUCUUUUUCAAACUUAUAUGCACCUGAGCAUCUGAUUGUUAAUGUAAAAGACGCAGAAAAGUGGGAGAGUUUUAUUGAAAAUGCAGGUUCGGUCUUCAUGGGCCAGUGGACACCAGAGAGUGUUGGAGAUUACGCAAGCGGGACAAACCAUGUCCUGCCAACAUAUGGAUAUGCAAGGAUGUAUGGAGGAGUGUCCUUAGAUUCUUUCCUUAAGUACAUGACUGUACAGUCUUUGACGGAGGAAGGUCUGAAAAAUCUAGGUCCAUAUGUGGCAACAAUGGCAGAAGUUGAAGGUCUGGAAGCGCACAAGAGAGCUGUAACUCUAAGACUUGCAGAUAUUGAAGCCAGGAAAGUUCAAAAUGUGAGAUGAUAUAAAUACGUUAAGCUAUAUAUGAUCUCACAUUUAGCAUUCAAAAUGAGUUGUGAAAUGGUAAUAUUGCCUCUUCCUAGCUUUUUACCAGCAUUUGAGCUAUUUUUGUAACUGAUUUACGAUUGGUACUAUAAUGUUAUUCCAUGUGUCCGGCAAUAGAUGGAACUGGAAGUUAUUAAAUUCCCCUGCACUAGAAUUAUUGAUUCUGGAA